AUGCCGGACGAAAAGCACAUCUACGAAUCUCUCCCCAUACCCACCUACUCCGAAGCCAUCGGCGAAUCCUCUCAGAGCUCAACACCCAUAAUCUCCCGUUCCGAUUCCUCGAAUGAAACUGCACAUCCCGCCGAAAGAGAAGGUCUGCUGGGCCCUGAUGUCGGAGCCAGAAUUCCAGUUCCCACUCGCAGAGCUGGUUAUCGCCCUCCUCCCACUGAAGAUGGCAUUUCGAAUCGAGGCAGUACGGAACAGGAUACGUUUCUAAAUCAACAUGGAGAACGCCAAAGUGAGGAUGACGAUGAAGUGCGUAGAGAGAUGGAAGAGAUGGAAAUACAGGAUCCGCAAACCGAACAAUCGACGUGGGGGAAACGAAUGUCGAGUCUUUCCGCAUCUUUAUCAUCGCGAAUACCUUGGAUACGGAGGAUUGGCUGGCCAAAAAUCGAUGCCAAUUUUUGUAUAGUGAUUGGGAGGAUUUUCGCAAUACUGCUCGUUAUGGCAGUGGUAUAUUUGUUGUUUAUGAGUGAUCUGUUUUCGAAUGCGGCGAAUAGGAUUGGAGGCCAGAUGUUCCCUGCGGAGAGCGUAAGGAUAUUUGUGCAGGAAAGUGUUUCGGAAGAGAGAAUUAUGAGGUGGAUGAAUAGAAUUACGGAGACGGAUCAUUUGGCGGGUACGGAGGGAGAUUAUAUUUUGGCAGAAAUCGUUCAAGAACUUAUGGUGAAGAAUGGAUUGGAGGACGUAAAGAUGGAUGAAUAUGGAGUUUAUCUAAACUAUCCAAAGGAGGGAGGGAGGAAAAUCGAAUUACUUGGCGAAGAUGGGAAUCCGAUUUGGCAGGCAAAGAUCGAUGAACCGCAACUUUACACAAAUCCACCGAGACAACAAACACCGGUUUUCCAUGGACAUUCGAAAGCAGGAGAUGUUACAGGUCCAUUGUUAUACUGUAAUUAUGGUUCACAAGCCGAUUACAAAACCUUUUACGACGGUGGAAUUGAUACUAGAGGGGCAAUUGCUUUGGUCAGAUAUUAUGGUACACAAGGAGACAGAGCUUUGAAGGUCAAGGCUGCGGAACCUUGGGGUUUCAAAGCUGUGAUAAUGUACAGUGAUCCUGCAGAUGAUGGAUUUACAUUAGGUGAUACCGCCCCCAAUGGUCGAUAUAUGCCCAAAGAUGGAGUUCAACGAGGCGCAGUCAGUUUAAUGAGCUGGGUAGUUGGGGAUGUCCUCACACCUGGAUGGGCAAGCGUAAAAGGAGCGAAACGUGUACCGAAAGAGAACAAUCCAGGCUUGACUAGUAUUCCUAGUAUUCCAAUCUCGUGGGGAGAUGCACAAAGGCUUUUACAAUCCAUUCAGGGAUUUGGAGAAGAAUGUCCUCCAGAAUGGCAAGGUGCAGUUCCUGAUGUCAAAUAUUGGUCUGGAAAUCUUUCAACCCCCAAAGUUCAUCUUGUUAAUGAACAGGAUGAAGUUGAGCAACAACCAAUUUGGAAUGUUUUGGGAAAAAUUACCGGUGUUGAACAACAAGAGAAAUCUAUCAUUGUUGGUAAUCAUCGUGAUGCUUGGGUUUUUGGUGCAACGGAUCCCGGUUCGGGUACAGCCGUUUUCCUCGAAGUUAUGCAUAUAUUUGGUGAUCUUGUUUCACGAGGUUGGCGUCCACAACGUACUAUCGAAUUUGCUUCUUGGGAUGGUGAGGAAUACAACCUCAUCGGAUCUACGGAACAUGUCGAAAAGAACAUAGAGAAAUUACGUAAAGAUGCUUUUGUUUACUUAAACGUUGAUGUAGCAGUUGGUGGCGACACAUUCCGGGCCGCUGGAAGUCCAGUUUUCAAGAAAGCACUUCUUAGAGUUCUAGAUCGCACAACUGAUCCUGUUAAAAAUGCAACACUAAGACAACUUUGGGAUGAAAGGAAAGCGCAACUAGAUGGUCUAGGUGCCGGAAGUGAUUAUGUCGCGUUUCAAGAUAUGGCAGGAACUUCUUCUUUGGAUUUCGGAUUCGAGGGACCAGUUUAUCCUUAUCAUUCUGCGUAUGAUAAUUUUGAAUGGAUGGCCAGUCAAGGAGAUCCUGGUUUUCAGUACCAUAAACUUCUAGCUCAAGUAUGGGCUCUUCUCAUUCUUGAGUUCUGCGAUAGAGCGGUUUUGCCGUUUGAUAUUAGAGCAUAUUCUGCAUCGGUUACUAAAUGGGUAAUGGAAUUAGAAAAUUGGGCAGAAUCAAAAGGACCAAAUCAAGCUGGUAAUGUACCAUGGUCAACAGAACCAUUGAGAGAAGCAGCAUUACAAUUUGCGCAAGAUUCGAGAAGGUUUGAGAAGUUUGAAUUAGAAUGGGAUGGAUUGGUAUUGGGAAGUGGAGGAUUUGAAAGUCCGGGAUUGGCAAGUCAUAGAAAGAGUCAUAAUACUCGAAUGGCGAAUUUCGAAACGCAUCUUUUGGAUUUGGAGGAGGGUGGUGGGAUACCUAACAGAACCCAAUUCAAACAUGUAAUCUUUGGCCCACAACUCUGGUCUGGAUAUGAUGAGGCAUUUUUCCCUGCUAUCCGUGACGCAGUCGAAGUAGGUGAUUGGGGACUAGCAAAGAAACUGGUGGAAAAGACAGCGAAUAUUAUUAAAAAGGCUAGUAGGAAAAUGGCGGAUGGAAAAUAA